ACGCCCCAGCAACCGCCUUCCCCAUUCGCCGGACCGUUACCUCCGUCUAGAGGGUGGAGGGGGGGAGAGAGAGACCAGCGGUUGCCGUCAAAACCAAAACGGGCUGUAAAGAGGAGAGAGAAAGUAGAGAGAGAAACUAUUGCUUCUGUUAGAAUCAAAAGCUCGUCUCUCUUUCUCUCUCUAAACUGGUUUUCGUUCUGUAAAAAAAUAUAUUUGAGAUCGUGGGAUUGAAGCCUUCAUCGCUCUUUGCUUUUUACCCACACAUUCUCUCUCACACAUCUUUUUAAUUUUUGCUUGUCGCGUAAAGUUUCGUCAUUUUUGUGAGAUCUUUAGUGAGAGCUUGAACUUCACAGUGAGAUCGAGAUUUUCUAGAGCGAGAAAAUUCGAAUAGUGAAGACGGUGUGUGAGAAAAUCAGUUUAAAUUUAUUCAGUUUCGGAGAUUCAAUACCAACUUCGAAGGGUUUUGUCCAUGGAUUUGGAAAAGAAGCUUCCGAGUACUUCAUCUAUAACCCUAUCUGAAUUCAGAGUUCACUUCUAAUUUUUCUUGAAAAUGACAUGUAAGCAUAACAAUACAAUGAACAAUUGGGCUGAUUUUCGGUACUUUUAGGAAAGUUUAAAGUAUGGGUAUUUAGAUUUUGGUAUAAUGGAUAUGGGUCUGUGAAGACAAAAAAGGGUGGUUAACAAAUGGGGGCAAUUGGUGGGGAAGAGUUGAUGAAGUGGGAGAAGAUGCAAGGAGCUGCUUGCGCCCGUGAAGAGAAGAUCCUUGUAUUGGUUAGACUCAGGCCUUUGAGUGAGAAGGAGAUUUCGAGGAAUGAAGUUUCCGAAUGGGAAUGCAUCAAUGCGACUAGCAUUUUGUUCCGGAACAGUCUUCAAGAACGGUCAAUGUUUCCAACUCCCUAUACAUUUGACAGAGUAUUUGGGGGUGACUGUUCGACAAGGCUGGUGUACGAUGAAGGAGCAAAGCAGAUUGCUGUUUCAGUUGUCAGUGGUAUUAACUCAAUUAUUUUUGCAUAUGGACAAACAAGCAGUGGAAAGACGUACACAAUGAAUGGAAUAACAGAGUACACAGUGGCAGAUAUAUAUGACUAUAUACAAAGGCAUCAAGAAAGAGCAUUUGUUUUGAAGUUUUCUGCCAUCGAAAUCUACAAUGAAGCAGUUAGAGAUCUCCUCAGCGCAGAUAAUACUCCUCUUAGGCUCCUCGAUGAUCCAGGGAAAGGGACCAUCGUGGAGAAACUUACAGAGGAAACUUUGAGGGAUUGGGGCCAUCUGAAGGAGCUCCUAUCCAUUUGUGAAGCUCAAAGAAAGAUUGGGGAAACAUCCCUGAAUGAAACAAGCUCUAGAUCUCAUCAAAUUCUUAGAUUGACGAUUGAAAGUUCUGCUCGUGAGUUUCUGGGCAAGGACAAUUCAACCACCCUUGCAGCUAGUGUGAAUUUUGUUGAUCUGGCGGGGAGUGAGCGUGCAUCUCAGGCAUUAUCAGUUGGGGCAAGGCUGAAAGAGGGCUGCCACAUCAAUCGUAGUUUACUGACACUGAGUACUGUUAUUCGCAAGCUAAGCAAUGGAAGACAUGGACAUGUCAAUUACAGAGAUUCUAAGCUCACGCGCAUUCUGCAAACCAGUUUGGGAGGCAAUGCCAGAACUGCAAUCAUUUGCACUUUGAGCCCUGCACGAAGCCAUGCUGAGCAAUCUAGAAAUACUCUCUUAUUUGCUAGUUGUGCAAAAGAAGUGACUACAAAUGCACAGGUCAAUGUAGUCAUGUCGGAUAAGGCCUUGGUGAAACAUUUACAAAGAGAGUUAGCUCGAUUGGAGAAUGAGUUAAAAACUCCAGUCCCUACAUCCACUUGUGAUUAUCCGACAUUACUGAGAAAGAAAGAUCUUCUGAUUGAAAAGUUGGAGAAAGAAUUGAGAGAGAGAACUAAGCAACGGGAUCUUGCUCAAUCUCGGGUUGAGGAUCUACUACGAGUGAUUGAAAAUGGUCAAGCUUCAAGACAAUGGGAUGGGCUUAGUCAUCAUUCCAAUUCGCAAGAAGGUGACAAAUUGGAAGAUGGAUAUUCAGUAUCAGAGUCAUCAGGUGUUGCCUAUCCUCAUUGUCUGGAGAUAGGAGUCAGCAAGUUCACCACUAGUCGGUCUUCUGAUAGAGAUCAUAGGAAUAAUCCUAAGGAGUCCUCCCAACAGCUUCCAGGGAAUCAUGGAGACGAUUAUCUGUCUGAUGGAACUUCUUCACCACUGUCAGAUAGUGCUGAGUUUGUCGGAUCCAAUCAAUGUCAUGGCAGGGAGUCAUUCUCCUUGGGAACUGGAGAAGAUUCUGAUGACAUCUGCAAGGAAGUUAGAUGUAUUGAGAUGGAUGAGUCCAACAAAGACAAGACCUCUGAAUCCAUUGCUUUAUCAGCUAGUGAGGAUGUAGGAAUUUUAGCAUUGACAACAUCCAGGAAUGGCAACUUGGAAGAUGAGGAAACAACGUCAACCCCGCCUCGGGAAGUAAAUCACAUCCAAAAUGAUUUAACCUAUUUUGCGUUGGAGCAGAAAAUCCAGGGUGUACAAAAGACCAUCGAUUCUCUUGUCAGCCCUUAUCCUGACGAACCAUCUCCUUGGGAUCAGACAAUGGACGUGUCAGGUUCUAGAAGCCAGAGGUUAACAAGGAGCUGGAGUUGUAGAGCUAAGCUUAUGACAGGCUCAUCUUCACCAUGCUUUGAGACAGCAGGACCAAAUCAGAAUACCCUGCCUAAUGGAUUUGAGAAAAGCUUUCCUGGAAGACCAGAAGGUUUCCGAAGGACGCCUCCAAUGUUAAAUUUUGGUGCCCACAAUGCGAGGUUGUCAAGAAAUAAUUCUCAAUCUUCUGUUGGGAGUCUUUUAGUAGAUAGGUUGAAAGCUGAGAACGACAUGACUUCCACACAUGAGGGUAUUCCAGGCAUCGAUACAUUUGUUGCAGGGCUGAAGGAAAUGGCCAAGCUUCAGUUUGAAAAGCAACGAGGUGAUGGUCAGUUUCAGGAAGUGGAACCAAGUGUUGAAGGGUCUGGGAAGAAUGUCAAAGAUGUCGGAUUAGAUCCAAUACAGGAUGCAUUGGAAACUCCUCAAAAUUGGUUAUUUGAAUUUGAAAGACAGCAGAAAGUGAUUCUUGAACUUUGGGAUACAUGCAAUAUUUCAUUGGUCCAUAGGACGUACUUCUUCCUGCUCUUUAGAGGGGACCCAACAGAUUCCAUUUACAUGGAGGUAGAGCUUAGGAGACUUUCCUUCCUCAAGGAAGCAUUUUCUCAGGGAAAUAUUGUUGCGGAAGAUGGUCGUACUCUUACAUUAGCUUCAAGCAUGAAGGCUCUUUUCCGUGAAAGAGAGAUGUUAAGCAGGCUUAUAUACAAGAGGUUCUCGGAAGUGGAGGUAAAUAGACUCUACCAGAAGUGGGGUAUCAAUUUGGAUUCCAAGCGGAGGAGACUGCAACUGAUUCACUGCUUGUGGACUGACACGAAGGAUAUGAACCACAUUAUAGAAAGUACUGCUAUUGUUGCAAAGCUGAUCAGGUUCUCGGAGCAGGGGCACGCCAUUAAGGAGAUGUUUGGGCUUUGCUUCACUCCUCCACGAAAGAGCCGAAGAUCCCUUGGCCGGAGACUUGGCAUGGCAUCUUUUUUGUAAGCGUACCCGUAUAUAGACAACUACAGAAGCAAUUUGGUUAUUGAAAUUGACUACAUAUUAAUCAUUUAUCGUUUGAAAGUGAAGCAGGUGUUGGUUGACUGACAAAGAAUUGUAUAACUUGUUCUUAUUCUCACUCAGUUUAGAAAUGAAAAUGUGAACUGGAAAUUUGUCACAUUUCUGAUUUUUGCAUAUCUUCAGUUAUGCAUAUGAUGUGUUGGUUCU